AUGGCACUGGUUAUGGAGCCUGUGAGCAAGUGGAGCUCCAGUCAAGUGGUUGACUGGAUGAAAGGCCUGGACGACUGCCUGCAGCAGUACAUCAAGAGCUUCGAGAAGGAGAAAGUAGGGGGGGACCAACUGCUGCGUAUCACCCACCAAGAGCUGGAGGAUUUGGGAGUGUCCCGAAUCGGCCACCAGGAGCUUAUACUGGAGGCUGUGGACUUACUCUGUGCUCUGAAUUAUGGGCUGGAGACUGAGAACCUGAAGACGCUUUCUCACAAGCUUAAUGCGUCGGCCAAGAACCUGCAGAACUUUAUCACAGGCAGGCGGCGCAGCGGGCACUACGAUGGCCGAGCCACACGUAAGCUGCCCAAUGACUUUCUAACCUCCGUGGUUGACCUGAUCGCUGCCGCCAAAAGCCUUUUGGCAUGGCUGGACAGGUGCUCCUUCUUUUUCAGGUCUCCAUUUGCUGCAGUGGCAGAUUACUCCGUGACCAGAAACAAUGUGAUCCAGCUGUGUCUUGAGCUCACGACAAUUGUACAACAGGACUGCUCUGUGUACGAAACAGAAAACAAAAUCCUGCAUGUGUGUAAAACUCUGUCUGGAGUGUGCGACCACAUUAUCUCUCUGUCCUCGGAUCCCAUGGUGUCCCAGGCUGCACAUUUGGAGGUUGUGCAGCUAGCCAACAUAAAAUCCACUGAAGGAUUGGGCAUGUAUAUCAAGUCAACAUAUGAUGGUUUGCAUGUAAUCACCGGGACGACAGAAGGAUCCCUGGCUGACCGCUGUAAGAAAAUCCAUGCCGGAGAUGAAGUCAUUCAGGUUAAUCAUCAGACAGUGGUGGGCUGGCAGCUGAAGAACUUGGUGAACCUGUUGCGCGGAGACCCUGCAGGUGUAACCCUGACUCUGAAGAAACGCCCACAGAGCACGCUCACCUCAACCCCUGCUCUGCUCAAAAACAUGAGAUGGAAACCACUGGCGCUGCAACCAAUCUUCCCUCAGAGCCCCAGCAGCAGUGUCGCCACGCCCACCAGCACUUUAAGCACUCCAUCCAGGAGGAGUAGCUGUGCCCUGCAGGACCUCUACAUACCCCCACCUCCAGCAGAGCCGUACACCCCCAGAGACGACAAGGGAAAUCUGCCAGGUGACGAUCCUCAAUCGGAUGUCCAUGUCGCAGAGGGAUCUGAGUCACCAAACUCCUACCUGGACCAGGAGUGUCGGCGGCGAUUUCCUCUGGUGGAGGAGGAUGCUGUACUGUACUGUUACGAGUAUGACCAGAACCAGGAGGUGUCGUCAGUGCGCAGGGGGAGCACUCCUACCUAUGGCAGGCUCAGGCCCAUCUCAAUGCCAGUGGAAUACAACUGGGUGGGAGACAACGAAGACCUGGCCAAGCUGAAGAGAGAAAGCCGAAGAGAGAAUUCCUUGCUGCGUUUUGCGAGUGAGGAUAAAGCGCCAGGAGAGGACUUCCUGCUGGGACGCAGCCUGAGUCAGAACAGGAGGAAGACGGAGCGAGGCGGGAGCCCCACCCAUUACACUCUCGUCCCUGCCCUCCAGAUGGAAGUCUCCCUGUCCACUUCCAGCUCUGACUCUGCAUCCCUCUAUCAUGUGUUUGAGCGAUCCUCACUGCUGUCUAGAUCAAAGAAGAAGGGUAAAGCUGAAAGCCCCAUGUCUUCAAUUAGUAAGCGGCGGAUUUCCUGCAGGGACUUGGGUCAGGGGGACUGUGAGGGCUGGCUGUGGAAAAAGAAGGACGCUAAAACGUAUUUUUCACAGAAGUGGAAGAAGUACUGGUUCAUCCUGAAAGACACGUGCCUGUACUGGUACAUGAAUGAGGAGGAUGAGAAGGCAGAGGGCUUUGUCAGCCUCCCAGAGUUCAAGAUUGAUCGUGCCACUGAGUGCCGACGGAAGUUCGCUUUCAAGGCUUGCCAUCCGAAGAUAAAGACUUUCUACUUUGCAGCAGAAAAUGUAGACGACAUGUCCCGGUGGCUGAGUCGUCUCAGUAUGGCAGUGGCAGGCUACUCCGAGCAGGAAAAAAUCCACCAGGACCAAGAUUACUGGAGUGAGAGUGAUCAUGAGGACAUGGAGAUGACCUCGAUGCCAAAACAGGACAGUCCGCCACCACCUUAUGACACCUAUCCCAGGGCGUCCUCAGUGAGUCCGUACCUGGAACCAAAACGUGGCCAUCUCUCCUCCUCCGACACGUUCCAGUCCCGUUCUUCUCACGAAGAGUUCCACUCUGAGCCUCAGGAAGGCAGCAGCAACAGUGUCUCUCCCGGACAGAAGACGAGCAGCCAUCGAAACUCAUGGCAUGACCAGAUGGAGGGCAACACGAGGAUGCAUUACCUCCAGACGUUUCCUAUGGAGGAAUCCCUGCUAUCUGAGGACAGAGACCAAAUGGCGAUGGAGUACCGCAGGCAGUCCACCUUGCCUGCACCACGCAGCCUGCUGCAAGAACAAUACAGGGCUCUGCCGCUUCCCCUCAGAGCCAGUAUCGAUUCAGAGGGGGGAGGGAAACCCCGCAGUUUCACGCUACCCAGGGACAGCGGGCUCCACGCCAUCCUUGCCGCCACCGCAGCUGUAUCAGAUCAGAGAGAGACCCAGCACUACCAGCUGGACCGGGCCAGAGACCCAGGCCAUGGACGGGACUGCAGGAUGCAGGCAGACUCUCUGGGGGAUUUGUACCGGGCUCUGGAGCAGACAAGUCUGUCCACCUCGGCUGAUCACAGAUCAGCCAGCCGCCUGGAGUAUAAGCGCUCAUUUGUCCGCCGAGUUAAUGACCCCCUGUUAAAUGACAAACUUCAUCGCCUACGGAUCCUCCAUAGCUCACUGAAGAAUGUCCCUCUUCAAGACACAAACCGGUCGUUGGGUUUUUUAGGGUAG